CCAAUCCUUAAAUCAACUUUGUUCCCUAAUCUCCGCCACCGCCACUAUAUUUACAACUCCUUAAGGAAACUUGGAGAUCCACCAAUGGGAUCAAUGGGAUCAAUUAGCGUCCGCCUGUGUCUAAUCUACUACCAAAGGUGGCCACGGCAUGUUUGGGAACGCUUUCCGAAACAGGAAAAGCAGCCGCUCACAGAGAAUAUCAGCGGUGCCGGGAAGAGAUGGAUUCUUUUUGGAUGAUUCAGAAAAUUAACACGUGAGUCGUUUUUCCUGUUUUUUGUUCUGCGUCACGACUCAUUUCCUGCCCCCCCCCUCCCCGUGACGGCGGAUGCAAUGGCGGCGGAUAACGCCGACCUGCAGCGAUGCCUACAGAGUCGCCGCAGCACCAUCAACUGCCCGUCAAAGGCCGUGAGCGACAUGAAGACGUUCCCGUUCUCUCAGCAGGACGCGGUGAAAGCGUGGAGCUCGCUCGGGAACCUCGACGCUCCCGAGCGUGCGUCAAACGACGACAAACCCAAACAACGGCAAAGUCACGUGAAAGUGAAUGUCGGCGGGAAGGUUUUUCAUAUUCCGAAAAAGUGCGCCAUGAACUACCCUCACACUCGUAUCGGAUCGCUGGCGACCUGCACGGAUCGAAGCCGCGUACUCAAACUCUGCGAUGACUACUCGGUUAAAAAAAACGAAUUCUUCUUUGAUCGGGAUCCGGCAUUUUUCCACCAUAUUUGCCAUUUCUACGCCAGCGGAGAACUAUGGGUCAUUCGGGAAAUGUGUCCAAUCCACUUCGAGGAGGAGAUCGCUUACUGGGGUUUGAGCCUGAAGGACACCAAACGUUGCUGCUGGUUGGUGUUCGAGGAGAAAGUGGACGAAAUGAAAGACAACCUUAAAGUCGAGCGAGAACUUAUGGCUGAGAUCGAAGUCAAAUACGACGACGAGUUAUUCCAAAAUAUGGCAUUCGGGAACAUACGGAAGAAUUUAUGGAACAUCGUGGAGAACCCUUACUGGUCCAUUUGGGCCAAAGCUUUCAACGUGGUAUCGAACCUUUUUGUUCUCUUCUCGAUUCUUGCCAUGUCUCUGAACACUUUAGAGGAACUCCAGAACUACCAAAUAUGUGGUAAGACCUACAUGGAGUGGGUGGAGAUCGUUACCAUCGUGUUCUUCGCCGGCGAGUAUCUGAUGCGCCUGGCGACCACGCCCGACAUCAAAGUGUUUCUGAGGAGCGGACUCAACUUUGUGGACAUGGUGGCCGUCAUGCCUUAUUUCGUUCAGAUCAUCGCCGAAGUCGUGAUGGGCGCCGACGACACUCAGGAGGACCUCAGGGCUCUGGCCAGCGUCAGCAAGUUGAGCCACGUUCUGAAAGUCGUGAAACUCCUGAGGAUUUUUCGGAUUUUGAAACUGGCGCGGCACUCCACCGGAAUGAGGGCGUUCGGGUUCACGCUGCGUCAGUGUUACCAGCAGGCUUCCUGUAUUUUGCUCUUCAUCGCCAUGGGGAUCUUCACUUUCUCCGCUCUCCUGCACUCGGCCGAGAGGGAGACGGCGGACUCUCCCAUCAGCAGUAUUCCGUACGCCUGGUGGUGGGCCGCGGUCAGCAUCUCCACUGUGGGCUACGGGGAUGUGGUUCCCGUGACCAUCCUGGGCCGCAUCGUAGCCUUUGGCUGCAUUUCCUUCGGAAUCAUCCUGAACGGGAUGCCCAUUUCCUUCCUUUUUAACAAGUUCUCAGAUUACUACGCCAAGCUGAAGACCCAGGAGUACAACACUAUCUCGGUUAAACGGCGCCUGCAGCUCAGGAAGCGACUCCGACACAGAAUGGACGCGUGUUUUUGUCCCACAGAGGAAGAGGACAUUCCCUUCCGAGCAUCCACUCACAUUCCUCACGUGACAGAUGCUUGGGAAGCUAAUACUCGGGAUUGAAAACAUCAGCGUCAGUAACAUUAUGAAUAGUUUACAUUCACUUUAUGAGCUGUGGGUGCUAGAAAAAUAGAAUAAUUCUAUUCAUAAUUCAUAUCUAUAGGGCUAUGAACUGGGAAUUUAUUUUAAUAUGAGAUAAAUGAGAUAAUUUUACAUCAAAAUACCAUAUUUAUACAAUAAAUUUGGGUAUUUUUUGCUAGGAAAUUCUGAAGUUGUACUUGUUUAUCCGUCGAGAAAUAAACAGGAAAUAUCUUAAGACAUCAAGUGAUUGAAUUGGAAUGCAAAAAAAAAAAAAAGUAUAUCUACUUGAGGAGAUUUGCCACCAGCUGCUUAUAAUGAUCUGCUUUCAAGUCAUCAUGAUCAGCAUAUAAGGUUAACAUUCCACCAACUCACUUUU